GACUGGUUCUAAGUCUUUUUAGUCUUCUCUUGAGGUUUUUCAUUUUUUGCCUCAGUUGACUUGAACUUGAACAAGAUGAAGUCUUCUUUUAAGCCAUGGCUGAAAUCACAAUGUUAUAACUUCUUUUAUCCAAACAAUCUUUAUGCUUCAAAGGUACAACACCUCAAAGCUGAGAUCUGUACCAAAACACCAAAGGCCUUAAUGCACAGGAAAUUACAUUUCUCAUGCAUAGAAACUUCUUGGUAGUUUUGAACACAACAUCUCAAACUCUGGUUAAAUUGUUCAACUCUUCACCUUCCGUUAAACUGAUUUUAACUAUAAAUCUAGAUCAACACCAAGAAUGUAAAGAAACAGCAAACACAUUGAGUCUUUUUCCCCUCCAGCUCAACUUUGAUCAAUAAUGUCAAAUGGAGAAGAUAGUGUGGCUGUUGCAAUCCAAGGUUUGAUCAAGAAUUUGAGCAACACUACUCAACCUAAGCCCAAAAUAUUCCAAGUGGAUGAUCGCUUGCGCAAGGUGAAUGCAAAGGAUUAUGAGCCGAGGAUCGUGGCUCUCGGCCCCAUUCAUCGAGGGAAAGCUCAUCUGAAGGAGAUGGAGCAGCACAAGCAGAGGUUUCUGCAGCAACUUCUGCAGAGAAGAGGUGAUCUCACCAUUGCAAAACUGGUCCAAAAAGUGAGAGAAAUGGAAAAAACUGCCCUCCAAUGCUACUCAACACCUCUAAAUGUCGAUGCAGAUGAGUUUGUGAAAAUGCUGCUUCUUGAUGGCUGCUUCCUCAUCGAGCUCGUGAGAAGGCACAAGCACGUCUUCGAGGUCUCGACAGAGAAAGACCCCGUCUUCGAGCCCAAGACACUCAGCCAGAUCACUCAUGACCUGAUGCUAUUUGAGAACCAGCUCCCUUUCUCCAUCUUGAACCACCUCUUCAACAUGAUCAAAACAGAGCAUCCGGACGAGAAUCUGCACGACCUCGUCGUGUUCUUGGUCAACGACACGUUCCCUUGGUCGAACGCCCUAAAACUCGAUCCAGCAUCAGACGAGAACCACCACCUCCACCCUGACCAGGAUCAUCUCUUAGGCCUAAUCUACCAAUCUUUCACUCCAUUUUCAACUCAAACUCUUUCUACAACUAAAGAUAGGAACUCAUUAGCCCACAUAAACUCUGCCUCGGAGCUGAAGGAGGCCGGCAUUCGCCUCAAACGGUCUAAACAAAACCUCCUCACUUUCAAAGCCAGAGUCCUCAAAUUCCCACCUCUGCAAGUCUCAGGCGAGACAGAGUCCCUGCUGAGGAACUUGAUGGCCUACGAGCAGCUCUGCCUCGAUGAUGAUCACCCAAAACACGUCACAGACUACGCGUUCUUCAUGCAUUGCCUCAUCAGAUCAACGAAAGACAUUGAGAUACUGCGAUGCAGUGGGAUCAUUAGCAACUACCUAGGAGGCGACGACAACAUCUGCCUAAUGUUUAACAGAUUGGGGACAAACUUCCUCAUCAGAUCAUCAAAUUUUUGUUACUCUGAUGUGUUUGUGAGCUUGAACAAGCAUUGUGGCCGCCGGCACAAUAAAUGGAUGGCGAAAUUGAGGCGAAACUACUUCAAUAGUCCGUGGUCCGUGAUCAAGUUCGUUGCUGCUGCAGUGCUGCUGCUGCUCACCUUAACACAAACUGUUUUUGCUAUACUUGCUUAUGAGCAGAGGAAUGAUGUGAUGAGAGUGCGUUUGAUUUCAAUGUGAUUCAACUAUGCAUGUAUGUAGGGAGAAAAUCAUUUGUAAUCAUAUCUAAUAUAAAACAUUUGAAGUAAAAAUCUCUUCCAAACUUUAUCUUCCUUCAAAGCCAAAAA